GAUUCAGAUUAAAUGAUUAGUUUGCCUUCAACUACAGACUGAAUUACACGCCUUAAUUGAGCUAUUCUGACACUUUACAAACUCUUCGUCAUGGGAAGCAAAGAAUACAGGUACAACACAUUUCCAUCUGGAUUUCCAUCUUUUGGAGGUGAAGGAAAGUCAGAGAGACAAAAGAUAUUUAGCAUUUUGCCAUGCACUGUGUCUCAGCUACUGUCAGCUACUGAGCACAAUGACUCCUUCUUUGUACGAGAUGUGAAGAUCAACCAGGUGUCUGUGGUGGGUUUAAACAGAAAAGCUGAGUGGACUGAGACAAACGUUGUGUACUCUGUAGAUGACAUGACUGGACCUCCUUUAGAUGUGAAACUGUGGCUAAAUAUUGAGAAUGAUGAUUUAAACAAUUGCACUAUUCCUUCUGGUUCAUACAUCAAAGUGGUGGGCAGUCUUCAUUCUUUUAAGCAAUACAGGUUCUUGAUAGCGUUUAGCAUCCGCCCGGUGAAGGACCUGAAUGAGAUCACCUCACACAUGCUGGAGGUAAUACAGGCCCAUCUCCUUAGCGAUGCCGGCUCAUACAGCAGGAUAAAGAAUAAGAGCAUGACUUCGACUGCAAUAAACACAUCAUAUGCAAAUGACCCAGCCACCGCUGGUUUUACAGCCAAUCAGAGAAAGGUUUUUUAUCUGAUUAAAAACUGUCAUUUGGCUGAGGGCAUCACACUGCAGAGGCUGAAAACUCUCCUCGAGUAUCUCUCACCCUAUGACAUCAGAAGCUGUCUGCAGUUUCUUAUCAAUGAAGGGCACAUUUUCUCAACAAUUGAUGAAAACCAUUUCAAAUCUACUUAUGGCUAAACGUUUUUUUUUUGUGUAUGUAAGCACCAUUGAUUUCUUUUUUUUUUUUUACCUCUAUUUUUGUAAUUGGCUGCUUGUAAUAUGUUGUAAAAAUAAGAAACAUUUCUGACAUUUUGUUUCAAUUGUUUAUUUUGCUUGUAAAUUAUAAUUUGUAAUUAUAUUUUUUAUAUUUUGUCAUUAUAUAGUUUUCUGAGGGCUAAAAUUUUGUUAACAAGGAAACCUUGUUUAGUAAAUUGUGUCUUUGCGCUCUUGUUUUGUCAUCCUAAAUGGCUUGUGUAAUAAAAAAACCAUGCAGUGUGUGUGUGGUUUAUUAAUUUCUCUGGCAUUUACAGGCUAGUUUGUAUACACUUCUAAGGACAAUGUGCUUUAAUGGCAGGCUUUGAACAUUAAAGACUUCUGCAGCUUUUCUUUAUGUUUUACUUUAUGCGUCCAAAAGUGUAUAUAAACACCCCUCCUAAUUUAAGUUAAGAUGCUCCAACCAGAUCAAUUGCUAA